AAAGUACCCCCCCACCAUUACACUCCCAAAAUCUCAUUCUCUGCCACGUUACCACUCUAAGCCUUCCAAGUCCAAACGUUGACUCGUCCUCCCGACGACUCCACUCCCCUUCCCAUCCUUUUGAUGGAACAAAAUUCCCGUUAAUGGCGGCUUCUUCUUCUUCUUCUUCUUUCUUAAUCCUCCCUCUCUCGGCUUACCUCUCCCAAGGACGCCAUGAAUGCAACUCUUCAAUCAAUCUUCGCUGCCGCCGCGAGCUUCUUCUUCGUGACCCUCGUCUUCUUCUUCCUCCUCCUCGUCUGCAAGAAGGUCCCCAAGAAGUCUACUCAACGCCACAGCGCUGUCCAGCCCCGAUCUCUUGAUCUCAGAUCCGUCUCCACCUCAGAGAGCGCCUCCUUUGACCCUUCCCUCCACCAGAUCUCCAUGGCAGAGCUUUCUGUCGCCACAAACAACUUCUCCUCCGACCUCAUCAUCGGCGACGGCAGCUUCGGCCUCGUCUACCGCGCCCAGCUCUCCAACGGCGUCACCGUCGCCAUCAAGAAGCUCGACCCAGACGCCUUUCAAGGCUUCCGUGAAUUCCGCGCCGAGAUGGAAACUCUCGGCCGACUCCGUCACCCCAACAUCGUCAAGAUGCUCGGAUACUGCGUCUCCGGUCCCGACAGGGUCCUUAUAUACGAGUACGUGGAAAGGGGGAGCCUUGACCAAUGGAUUCACGACACAACCUCCUCCUUCCCGCGGUCGUCGUUGUCAUGGGAGAUGAGGGUAAAAGUGGUGAGAGGAAUAGCCAAUGGGCUAGCCUACUUGCACGGCCUUCAAGCCCCAAUAAUCCACAGAGACAUCAAAGCCAGCAAUAUCCUCUUGGACUCCAACUUCGAGGUUCACAUCGCUGACUUCGGCCUCGCCAGAUGCAUCCAGGAUUCCCACACCCACGUCUCCACCCAAGUAGCCGGCACCAUGGGCUACAUGCCGCCGGAGUACCGGGAAGGCAACACUGCCGCCACUUUCAUGGCCGACGUCUACAGCUUCGGGAUUCUGAUGCUGGAGAUUGCCACCCAACGCAGACCCAAUUGGCCGGUCAAAAUGGACGGCAGAGAGGUGGGGUUGGCGGAGUGGGCCAGAAAAAUGUUGGCCAAUAAUCGGCAUAUGGACAUGGUUGACUCCAAGGUUGCGAGAGAAACUUUGGACGAAGAGAAGGUCCAUGAAUACUUUAGAAUCGCUUGUAUGUGCGCCAACGAGGCCAAAAGAGAAAGGCCUGCAAUGAGAGAUGUGGUUACCUUACUGCUACCACUCUGACAUCAUUUUACUGUGCGUCGUCUCUGAUAGUUAUAUAUAUACUGAUCUAUACUUUUGAUUCUCUCUCUCUCUCUCUCUCUCUCUCUCUCCCUCUUCUCGUUUGAGUCAGAAAUUUUAGUUGGUAUGGGUUUCGGUUGUUGGUAGCCAUAAAGGUGGUGAAUUCUUUUGUUCGAGCUUUUAAAUAUCAGUUGAAGGUUCAUGUAUGAGCAUGUAUAUAUCUUCUGUUUUUUUUCUUCUUCCUUCUUCUUUUCUUCUUCUUCUUUUCCUAAUGAGUUCAUAAUUAAAUACUCGGAUAUAAUUGUGUAUUAGAAGCUUUGAAGGUGGUUGUAGUUAGGAAGUGAUAAUGGUUAGAUUUCUCAAUUUGGGAACACAUCUCCUUCAUCAAUUUGAUUUGGUUUUUCUCCCUACAAUUAUGUGAUUUCUUUAUUUGAUCUUUAUGGUAUUUUUAUAA